AUGCUCUAUAGAAGAAACAAAUCAGCCCAGAAAGAAUCGACUUCAGACCUCUAUUUACCCAGCAACCAUUAUAUUCCUCAAGAUGGAUCAUCCCACUCAGACGACGCAGUCCCUUCUGGCCUCAGGCUCUUGCUUGAUGUCCCAGAGGAAUCCCUCCUCCACAUUACUUCUUAUCUCGAACCGCCGUCCCUCUUGGCCCUCGGACGAGUAUGCAAAAUCCUGUCUCAACACGUAAAGCUAGACAGCACUUGGCUUCGGGCGUUCGCAACUCAAUGCCUAGCAAUUUCUCCUGAGAGCGAUCUUGAAUUGAUUGAAAAUAAAUCCUUAAUGCUUAGGAGGUCCCCUCAGCAGCCAUGGAGGGACCUAUUCAUUGCGAGAUAUAAACUUUUGAGACGUUGGGGGUUUUCCGGCAACUCGCUAAUGACGCAUACACCAUUAAACAACGCUACGCCUGGGACAAGCAUGCAGCUCGCUUGCACACAGAUGCCAAAUAUCGCACCAUGGACCACUCCGAUUCCUAACAUAAUUGUUUUCUCCGCUUCAUCUGGUGCUGUUUGUCGUUCUUUGCCCCUUACCGGCAAGGUUGGUAACGUCUACCUGGCCCCGGAGCUCAUUGGAGUAGCACACCCGUGCGCCAUCUCUGCUCAUGAUGGUGCAGGAAAAGCCUUAUUUGGGUACCCCGACGGAAAAGUUGGCCUCGUUAUCGUACAGAAGGCCAUUGAUCACGCGAGCGUCAUGCGCCACGUUGUACCAAUCAUCAGUCCGAUCGACGUUAGUCAUACAGGACCAGUGUCAGCCGUUACAUGGGAGAAGCUCGACACUAGGAAGGACGGUGGUGUCAGAUAUGGGGCUAGCGUUGCCCUCGACAACACGGUCAAGGUUUGGGACGCCAACAGGAAUUCCCUACACUGUCUCUGGUCUUCACACCCGUCGUACGGCACAUCCUCAUUCUUCACUGUGGAAGCCAGGAUUACAGAUUACGGAAUCGUCGCAUGCGGCCUCGCAGACGGCAGUCUGUUUAUUUGGUCUGGUCUUGGGAAACUCUUGCCCACGUCUACGCGAUCUCCUACUCUCCAGACUCCAGAAAUUAGGGGGUUAGCCAUAGAAUGUCCAGUCGCUAGAUCACCAAACACGUCUCCCCUGACCAUUUCGAAGCUCGUCCUCGACGCUGGAGAUCCAGAGGCGAACAUAAUACAUCUCCUGGUUGCUUAUCAAGACGACGCCGAUUUCUAUCGUAUUUCCGUCGAUACCGUUACCCAGCAAACCCGGAUCACUUCAUUCGGUAACGACCCAUCCUUCGGCUCCAUUUCCUGCUUGGAGUCCUUCUUUACUCGUGUCCAAAACACGGAAGGUCGCAGUGUUGUCGUAGUUGGCGAUUCUUUGGGAUGUAUAAAUGUCUAUGACUGGACGGUAGACCUCGGGAGUGACACAUUACCAGGGGCUGCGCGAGAUCGCCCGGUCCUCCCUAUAUCCAGGUUCGAAGCCCAUACCGAGGGUGGAAAGAUCACCGCCAUUGCGGGUAACGAUGCCGUCCUGAUCACUGGAUCUUCAACCGGCGAGGUUAAGGUUUGGGACAGUUUGAACUUCGCCUUCAUCAGAGAGUUUGGGCCCAGAAAACGUGGUCAACAUAGAGCAGAGGCUACCUAUGACGAAGAAUCCAUCGGCCAAAUCCUGUUGACGGGGGACAAGCAAGUCCUUGUAUUCAACGUUGGCGAUAGAGUAGUUGGAUGGUGGGCUGGACCAGAUCGCAAGGGCUAUAGAGGCGGCGUUCGAGGUAGAAAUGUGGUGGGAAUACCGAAGAAGAAGAAAGACGCGGGGCGGGUGAGCAGAGGUUCAAGUAUGAUUUUCACUUUUCCGACAAUAUGUCUAGCUUCUAAUUCGUUCUUCAAAGAUGCCUACGCACUUCGGGCAGCCAUCGAUGAAUCCAGGGAUCUCACCGACGAUGUUCCUAUGCCUGAAGGUGUCCUCGAGCGGAGGCAAAAUGAACGAGAACAAAGGGUUGGGUUAGAGAGUCUGGGAUUAAGUGAAGCCGAAGCCGUGGAGUACGUGCUGAUGCUAAGCCGGGACAACUAUGAGGAAGAAUAUGAUGAACGAUAUAUUGGCGACGUGGAGGAAGGCGUGUUUGACAAUGAUUUCGAGCUUGAUGGAGUGGCGCACGUUAUCGCAGCUUCCCACCGCCCAAGUGCUCCGUCGCCUACCCCGUCGAUUCCGACUACUUCGCCCCCAUCAUCUUGGUCUAGUCCUCGACCCUCUCCCCAAGGAAGCCGUGCAGUCUCUUGGAUCUCCCGUUCAAACUCCAAUUCCAAGAUCCAGGUUUCUCCAAGAAUGCAGGAUGAGCCUAGAGAAGCUGGGUCCACUCGCAUCGGGAAACAACCUAGCGGCGGAUCGGAGUCCAGCAAACUGGAGGCCAUCAACAUAGACCAAUCCGAGCAACAUUUCCCUAUGAUGGCGAGCAAAAGCUGGACGGGCAGUCCCAGCCAAUACGCUGAUGGUACCCCGAAGUCGCGCGGCUCCCCUUCUACCUCUAAAUCGCCAUCCGCUUGGAACAAGCCUCUGGCCAUUAGUAAAUCGCCCGAGGCUCGCGAUAUGGAGCAACCCAAUAAAGGCAAGGCUAAAGAGACAAAAGCCUUUGAUUUAGACGACAUAGACGAUGAUUUGAGAUUUGCAAUCGAAUUGAGCUUGGCGGAGGCAGCCAGUCGGGAAUGUCUCUAG